GGCUCCGCGCUCAGCCCGCGCCGGGCUCGGAGGAUGGAGAGGAAGGCGCGGAGCUCCGCGAGAGAGGCCCACGGCCGAGGCGGCGGCAGGUCCUCUUCCCGGGAGGACAAGAGGGCGAAGGCUGAGAAGGGCGGCGGAGACCGCGGCCGCCGGGAUGCUGGGUCGCAGCGGCGGAGCUCUGGUCGGACGGGGUCCCCCGGGGAGCUCCGAGCUCCCGCCGCCACUGUAGUGGAUGUGGACGAGGUCCGCGGCUCCGGGGAGGAGGGCACCGAGGUGAUGGCGCUGCUGGAGAGCGAGCGGCCCGAGGAUGGCACCAAGUCCUCCGGUCUAGGGGCCUGUGAGUGGUUUCUUGUCCUCGCCUCCCUGCUUUUCAUCAUCAUAACCUUCCCCUUUUCCAUCUGGUUCUGCAUAAAGGUUGUGCAAGAAUAUGAAAGAGUAAUUAUACUCCGAUUGGGACAUCUGCUUCCUGGAAGAGCCAAAGGCCCUGGUCUCUUCUUUUUUUUGCCCUGCCUGGACACUUACCACAAGGUUGAUCUUCGUCUCCAAACCCUGGAGAUCCCCUUUCAUGAGGUGGUGACCAAAGACAUGUUCAUAAUGGAGAUAGAUGCCAUCUGCUACUACCGCAUGGAAAACGCCUCUCUUCUCCUAAGCAGUCUUGCUCACGUGUCCAAAGCCAUCCAGUUCCUGGUUCAGACCACCAUGAAGCGCCUCCUGGCACACCGAUCCCUCACUGAAAUUCUUCUAGAGAGGAAAAGCAUUGCCCAAGAUGUAAAGGUCGCCUUGGAUUCAGUGACCUGCAUUUGGGGCAUCAAAGUGGAGAGGACUGAAAUUAAGGAUGUGAGGCUGCCAGCAGGGCUUCAGCAGUCACUGGCUGUGGAAGCGGAAGCACAAAGGCAGGCCAAAGUGCGGAUGAUUGCUGCCGAGGGCGAAAAGGCUGCCUCCGAGUCCCUGAGGAUGGCUGCGGAGAUCCUGUCAGGCACCCCGGCUGCGGUCCAGCUGCGGUACCUGCACACGCUCCAGUCACUGUCCACAGAGAAACCCUCCACUGUGGUUUUGCCGCUGCCGUUUGACAUGCUCAGCUUCAUGUCGUCGCCCAGCAACCGAGCUCAAGGAAGCAUCCCCUUCCCUAAUUCUUCCAAACAUGUGGAACCUCUGAAUCCCAAAAAGAAAGACUCCCCCAUGUUGUAGGUGAGGAUGGGUAGAGGACAAUGUGUCUGGCAUGAAAAGUGUGUCCCUGAGGGAGGAGUUGGGUCCUUACUCCCUGCCCUUCUUUCGUUGCCAAAUGGAAUGCCCAUUGAAUGCAUGAUGUCACAUGCAGCCACAUGUACCGGAACACGGUGAAAUGAUGCAAUGGCUGAGAAAGUUCUAGCCACAGGUGGAUCCUCUCAUCACAGUAAUUAUGAGAGAAUUUGAAAGAAUUUUGAUCUAGAUGUGACUCAAUUUUGAUUUCUGGAGGCUUAAUUCAAAUAUCUUUUUAAACUGUGUUUUCUGCUCCCUUUGAUAAGGUCUUUGCAGCCCCAUAGCUUCUUCUAGGACCUCCUAACAAUGUGCUUAUCACAAUUGCAAGCCUGUGUUUAAGACGUAAGCUUCUUUCCAGCUACACUUUUUUAAGUUCUUCAAAGCACACCUUAACCUCCCCAUCCCAUACUCAAUCUUUAGCUCCACCCCAUAUGUCUUGCACCUAAUCCUGAUCAUUAUACUACAGUGAUUCUUAAAUGUCCCUGAGCGAUGGAUGGAAAAAAAAGAGAUAUACCCAGGCUGAUUAUAAAAUUUAUACCUAAUUAAAGAAGUUACAUAGAA